GUCACCUUGAUAACAUAUUUUUAAAGAAGCUUUAAAAUAUAAGAAGAAAACUGUCUGUUUAUUCCAAUAAAGUAUAAAGAUUGUUGUUUAAACAGGAUUUUUUUCAGCUGAAAGAUGAAAUUGCAAACAGCCUGUGUUUUAAUUGGUCUCUGUUGGAUAGCAGCUUCUUCAACUGGCAAACCUUGUUUACAUUCAACUGCAACGGACAUACCUAGUUUACGUUCAGGUACCACACCUGGUAUAUAUUCAACUGCAAGGGAAGUACCUGGUUUACGUUCAGGUAACACACCUGGUAUAUAUUCAACUGCAACGGAAAUACAUGGUUUACGUUCAGGUACCACACCUGGUUUAUAUUCAACUGGUAAAAGUUCUGGUGGCAGCUUUGGUUUAGGAAAAAGUACGGGUACUUGGUGUGGCUCUAGCACGGAAACUAGUACAGGGGCUGGUGGAGGCUCUUCAGGUGAGGUUCAGCAAAGUUGUCUACUAGGCUAA